CGGCUCGCGAAGGAUCUUCCGACGCCGUCAAUUCGGAUUUCGCCAUGUCUGGCCACCACCCCACGUACACGAUGGCUGCCCUCCUGGGCAUUGGCGGCGUCAUGGGCUACGUCAAGAAGCGCUCGAUCGUCUCGCUCGUCGCGGGCGUCGGCAUCGGUGCCGGCUUUGGUGUGGCUGGCUACAUGAUGCAGCACGACCAAAUCGCCAAUGGCCACGCCGUCGCACUCACGCUCAGCGCACUCACGAUGACGGCCAUGGGUUUCCGCGCUGUCAAGACGGGUGGUAAGGUCCCGAUUGUCGUCGCGUCGCUGUGCGCCCUCUCGAGCGCGUACCAUGCGCAGCGCUUCAGCGACUGGGCCGGCCAAGAGUAAAAUCAUUCAUGCUCGUAUUAGAUAGUCGUCGUAAUACACAUUUGCUAUACCC